UAAAAUUUCAGAUAUUACUCCGCGCUCAUGUUACGGACAGGGCACUACUUUUCACAUUCUGUAUAGAAACAGUGAAUAAUUAAACGUUAAAUUCGACGUUAAAAUAAAGAAAAAUAGAAAAAUAAAGCAUAAAUGCUGUGAAAUAAUAUGUUUUAUCGUUAUUAGAAGUUUCUAACAUUUGAUGAAUUAUAUUUGAAAAUAUAUACACGUGGAAAAACAAUUUAUGUGACUUAAGUUAAGAAGUUUGUGAUGCGGAUAUUACAUAUCAGAUAAAUAAUAUACUCGUGCUGCACUCAUUCAUAAUACAUAAUAAAAUAUAAGAAAAUAUAAAAGAAUAUUUUAAGCUUAGAAAUUAUGGAAACGGAUAAAAAUAACUCCGUGAACAACACGAUAGAGACGCGUGAUAUCGGUACUAGUUCCGAGUUCGGAUACAACAGUCAGCGGACGCCACUUGCCAAGCCGGCGCAGGCUCAAGUUCCCCAGAAAACAAUGGAAACUCGACUAGCAUCAGCGGAACCAGCCGCUGCCCGAGAAAUUUGGAAUGGAAAGAUAGAAUUUAUAUUAUCAUGUGUGGGACAGUGUAUAGGGCUUGGAAAUGUGACUAGAUUCCCCUAUCUAUGUUAUAAAAACGGCGGAGGAGCGUUUUUACUGCCGUACUUACUGACUGUGUUAUUUGCUGGAAUACCAAUGUAUUUUAUGGAGCUGGCAUUGGGUCAGUGGCUUAGUAUUGGCGGUAUAGGGGUAUGGAGAAUUUCACCUGCUUUCAGGGGUGUUGGUUAUGCGGCAGCUGUGAUGGCUGCCUGGUUGAACAUUUUCUAUAUCGUUAUAUUAGCAUGGGGCAUUUUCUACUUGUUUUCUUCCUUCACUGCUGUAUUACCAUGGUCACAUUGUAACAGUUGGUGGAACACACAGAAAUGUAUGUCAAACUAUGACAGAGAUCACAUCCCAUUUAGAUGUUCCAACGACACCUUCACUUUUGAGAUUAACACAACAGACUACUCUAACAUAACGGUGUUGUACGGGAACGUCUCUGAGUUUACAUGUAAACAAUUCUAUGAUGGUACCAAAUAUUCUUCACCAGUGAGAGAGUUCUGGGAGAGAUACGUGCUACAGAUAUCUCCAGGUAUUGACCAUCCUGGUAACGUUAGAUGGCAGAUUGCUCUGUGUUUACUCUUAGUUUGGAUCAUGUGUUACUUUUGUAUAUGGAAAGGCAUUAAAUGGACCGGCAAGGUGGUGUAUGUAACUGCCUUGUUUCCGUAUUUUCUAAUGUCUAUCUUAUUGAUACGAGGGGUGACACUUCCGGGAGCCAUGAACGGUAUCCGGUUCUACCUAUUUCCUGAUUUUGAGAAGAUAACAAAUUCCAGUGUAUGGAUUGACGCUGUUACACAGGUAUUCUUCUCUUACGGACUGGGUCUAGGCUCUCUCAUUGCUCUCGGCAGUUACAACAAGUACCACAACAACGUAUACAAGGAUGCAAUAUGCAUUUCAAUACUGAAUAGUUGCACGAGUAUUUUUGCUGGGUUUGUUAUAUUUUCUGUGAUUGGUUUCAUGGCACGUGAACAGCAACUUCCGGUCAGUGAGGUGGCGGCGUCAGGUCCUGGUUUGACAUUUUUAGCAUAUCCUAGCGCUGUGGUCCAGUUACCAAUAUCACCACUGUGGUCGGUACUCUUCUUCCUGAUGCUACUCAUGCUCGGUAUGGACAGUCAGUUUGUGACAAUGGAAGGUUUUUUUACUGCUUUGAUUGACGAGUUUCCGUCAGUGCUCGGGAAACAUCGGGAGAUUUUCAUAGGCAUCAUUUGCUUCUUGUCCUACCUGGUCGGGUUGUCAUGCGUUACAGAGGGCGGGAUGUUCAUGUAUCAACUAUUUGACUUCUAUGCAGCCAGUGGUUUGUGUCUACUGUUGCUUAUAUUUUUUGAAUGCAUUGCCGUGUCCUGGGGUUACGGCGUGAAUCGUUUCUACGAUAAUUUACACUCGAUGUUUGGAUUCUAUCCGAGUAAUUUCUGGAAGUUUGCUUGGCUAAUAUCAACACCAAGUAUAUGUUUGGGUGUGUUUCUAUUUUACAUUGUGAAGUUUGAACCUGUGAAAUAUCUAACGUACGAAUACCCUACGUGGGCUCACGGUAUUGGGGCAAUGAUGGCCCUUUCCUCUGUCGGGCUUAUACCCACGUAUAUGAUAUAUCUACUUCUUGUUACCCCAGGAACAUUUGUAGAGCGAUGUAAAACUAUAUUUAGACCGGAAAUCAAGCUUCCGGGUAACCAAGGAGGACUUGAUGCACCACCAUCUUAUUCGGAAGUAGCUAUGCAAGUAACGCGGGAUGGAAUUGUCCAGUUUUGAAAACAUUUUUUCUCUCAAUAUUUCGACUACGAUUGUAAUAAGUUUAGUCAUUAUGAAACGUGAUGUUUGCAUUGUGCUUAUCAAUGGAUGUUAAAUUUUAAUGCAAGAUCAAAGAGUUCGGUUGUAGUUUGGUUGGCACUCGUUGAUGUUAUAAAACACGGAUAUGUGGGCGUUCCGAUAUUAGUUUAUAUAAUUUGUAUGCUAUACUCAACAUACAAGUGUGUCGAAUGAUACAAGGGUUAUAUAAUUUACUUUAUUGUAACGUAUAAAAAUGUUUUAACGUCAGGUGUUGUUCUAAUAUUUUGUUGUUCCAAUUCAUGGGGAGUGGGUUAUAUGAAUCACGAUUUAAACUACAUUUACAUUGUUAAAAUCUUGUACAAAAACUGUAUUUGAAUAUUCAUAGGCCAUUUCCUGGUGUUUUUAAUAAUUUCUUGUAUAUGUAGAUCUAGACCGACCACGCUUGAUUCCUUAUACAGAUGACAUUUUCAUAUUUACAUUUAGUAUAUUUAAUAUUAAUAUUGAUAGAUACCACAUGCUGGUCAUAAUCGAUGCAUGGUUUUCUGCUUAGAAUUUGGAAUUAGAUUUAGCAUUGUAAAUAAAUAACUAAAGAAAUGUUGUGGGUUGUGAAAUGGUUAGACCUGUUGUAAACAUGGACAAGACGAAAAUCUGUGGUUUAUUCUGGAAACAAUACAAUACCAUCUGAUAUGAUAUAACUUUGAGUGAUUUAAUUAAAAUAAGAUAUAUGUUGAUAUGAACUAUACUUUAACACCAAAAUUUUAUUAUUAAUCAUGACAAAAACUAUCAUAAGAAAAAUGAUGUAGACUCCGACCUUUCAUACAUUCUGGCGUGAAUAAAGUAGAGAUAUGUAUAUGUAUGUAAUUUAUCAAGCAUAUAGAAGUUUCGUGUUUUGAUAUGAACUGUUUUUACUAGCUUUUCCAACUCUUGUCAUUUGUAGUAACACAUAUGCAAACUGGAUGCAAUGUGAAUAUACAAUCUGGAAUAAGUGAAUUAUUGCUAUAGCAUUAUAAACAUGUAUUUGUAUUAAAUAUAUAUUGUAACUGAAAUUGUAUGCGUAUUAAUUAUUAUUGUAAAACUGAAAUACAGUUUGUU